GUUACUAAGAAUCAAUCAUCAUUGCAACAUUUAAAAUUUGUAUACAAUACUUUUAAAGCCAUGUCCGCGGACCCCACUCCCCCAGGGGUACCUAAGCUAGCAGGAAAGCCAUAUCAGUACAAAAGGCUUUCGGACGAUGUAGAUGUCUUAGUACCUAGACCCAGUAUUGUUCUGCCACAACUGCAAGAAGCUGAAAAACGUUUUUUUGAGUUAGUAGCUUCAGGCGAUGUGAUUGCUGUUAAAGAAUACUUAGAUCAAAAUCCCACUAUUAAUGUGAAUUGUACAAACUUCCAAGGAGUCACAGCUCUCCUAGUAGCUGUUCAAGGCCACUCUGAUGCUAUGGUUGAGUUUCUAUUGACACAACCUGGUAUAGACAUCGGAGAUUGUGUAUUGCAUGCUGUUAAAGACAACCAACCCCUUAUCUUGACAAUGUUGUUAGACAAAUUAAGCCAGAUUUCGCCGAGUCUAGAAUUUGUUGGUGUUACACAUAGCUCUGACUUCCCUGAUUAUGUCACACCUUUGAUUCUAGCAGCACAAUGCGGACAUUAUGAGAUUAUCAAGACAUUAAUAGAAAGAGGUCAUACUAUUAGCAAACCUCAUCCACCUUCCUGUCGGUGCUCUGAAUGCCUGUUACAUCUAGAGCAAGAUGAUCUUCUGCAUGCAGAAAGCCUAAGGUUAAAUUUGUAUAGAGCUGUAGCAAACCCGGCAUAUAUAUGCUAUUCUACCUAUGAUCCUAUAUUAACCGCCUUCCGAUUAGCUAAAGAGCUGAAGGACUCAUCUUUUCUUGUACCAGAAUUCCGAACUGCUUACACCGAACUCUCUGAAGAAGUUGGUACAUUUGCUGUAGAUUUGAUAGCGUGUUGUAGGAGUACUACAGAAAUGGAACUAAUACUAACGCAAAGUGCUGGUUUGUCUUCAUCAACAGCGUUCCAGUUUCCUAGACUAACUCUAGCGAUGGAUUAUAAGCAGAAAACUUUCGUGGCACAUCCAAACACUCAACAGAUUGUUGAAUCUGCUUGGAGUGGGGAUUGGCACGAAUAUAUCAUUAAACCACAGAUUAUUAAGUUACUAUACCCAAUAGGUAGAGCCUUCAUGUUGCCUGUGAUUACCUUCAUGUGCUUAUUAAUGCCUAACUCUGGUUUAGUCCAAUUUUGGAGUAUACCAAUAAACAAAAUGUUGAGUCAUAUAUCUUCAUAUGGAAUUUUUUUGGUGAUAAUUUUCUUAGAGUCCAAUAUAGAUAAAACUGGACAGAAAAGAAAACCACCGAACUCUGGUCUCGAACCGGUAAUAAUAACGUUUGUCGUGGGUAAUAUCUGGAGCUUAAUUAGAAUGUUGGUAUUGGUAGGCCCAGCAAGAUUCUUCAAAAAGUUAUGGAGUUGGCAUGGAAUAGUAAACAACAUGCUAUUUGUACUUACAUUUCUCUUUUGGUUAGCAUCUUACUUAGACGCAAAAAGUAAUGAUCAAACUGAUCUUGAAAGAAAAUACUGGCAUCAUUUGGAUCCAUUGCUCAUAGCUGAGGGUUGCUUUACAGUAGCAACUAUAAUGGCUUAUUUUAAGUUAAUGUUUUUUUGUAGACUCAACUAUUACAUGGGACCAUUGCAGAUAUCUUUAGGUAAAAUGUGUGCUGAUCUGGCUAAAUAUAUAAUAAUUUUCGUUAUUGUUAUAAUCUCGUUUUCUGCUGGUUUGUGCAGGUUCUACCAGUACUACGACGGGAUGGUGCAGGUUGAUAGCAACCAAAUCAAGACACAACAAGUCUCAUCGUUUGUUAAUUUUGCAUCAACUUUAAAAACUUUUUUUUGGGCUAUAUUGUGCAUGUCUCCAUUAGAGUCUGCAGAUGUGGUUAUAGAAAAUCUUCCAGGGGAAACCCCUGAGACUACUAUUAUCAACACUCACGAAUUUACAGAAGCUGUAGGGUACAUAGCAUUUGCACUAUUCGAGGUGCUAAUAGUAGUGAUGAUAUUGAAUAUGCUCAUAGCUACAAUGUCGUCUACGUUUCAGAGAGUAAUUGAUAACUUGGAUGUUGAAUGGACUUUCGGAAAAACUGACUUCUACAUGGAGUUUAUGCUUCAGUCGACAACACCUUCACCAUUCAACUUAAUCCCUACCCCUAAUGGUGUUAACAAUUUUUUGAGUCUACUUAGUGGACCUACUACCAAAUCUAAAGGUUGUUGUAAAUUUGAUAAAGAUAGUUUUUUGCAAAAUGAAUCUGUUGGAAGGGUAAAUGAGAUAGAAUAUCCAGCGCUGAUGACUUUGUUAGUACAGAGGUACUUUAGAGAAAAAGAUAUGGCUUCAGCUGCCGCUAGUGAUUUUGAUUUACUACGACAGGAGAUACAUGAGCUCAAAAAUUUAUUAGCUCAGAUUGUAGAAGAAAAAUAGAUAAAAUGACAAAUAUCUAAGUUCAAGACUUUUAUUUUUUCAAUUAUUUUUGUAUUUGCAUUUGUUUAUUUAUGACAUGUUUUUU